CGCCGCUCGUUCAGCAAGGAAACUGCAACAGUCAAGGAACGAGCAGCAACCGCCCCGCAACGGAGGCUGCCAAUACAAGAGAAAGAGCAAAGCCCAAGCUAGCGGCUCUGUCGUCGUUGCCAUCUCCACGUUCAACGAUCCAGGCGUUUUUACUUUUUGGAACCGGGGUGGGAGUUACGGACCCCCGCGAACAAGGAACAAAAGAGUCAGCUUUUGUUUGGCAAGAAGCGCUGCCUCGGUUCGAGACGAGCUCGGCGGGACUAAACAAAGAGGCGCCCGGGGAAAGGAGACAAAAGCGACUCCCCGCCGCCCUUUCGCCCACUGCGCUGCCUGUCCUGCCCCGAGCGAUGGUCAACAUGCAAGUGUGCGCCCUGGACUGCGAGACGCUCCGCGAGCUCCUCCAGGACCGCUGCGUGCAGUGCCUGGUGCUGGACUGCCGCUCCUUCUUCUCCUUCAACUCCUCGCACAUCGGCGGCUCCUGCAACGUCCGCCUGAGCACCAUCGUCCGGCGGAGGGCCAAGGGGGCCAUGGGCCUCGAGCACAUCCUGCCCAACGAGGAGGCGCGCGCCCAGCUGCAGAAGGGGCUCUACCACGCCGUCGUGCUCCUCGAUGAGCGCAGUGCCGACCUGGAGGCCCCCAAGAGGGACAGCACCCUCCUGCUGGCCCUCAACACCCUCUGCAGGGAAGCCAGGGACACCCGCGUCUGCUUCCUCAGGGGAGGAUAUGAUGCCUUCUCAUCCGCCUGCCCUGAGUUGUGCACCAAACCAUCUGCUCCCAAGGGCCUGACUUUGCCGCUCAGCACAAACAAUGUGCCUGGCAGCGCCGAUUCAAACUGCAGCUCCUGUGGGACUCCUCUCUAUGAUCAGGGUGGUCCAGUGGAGAUCCUACCUUUCCUGUAUCUAGGCAGCGCCUAUCAUGCUUCCAGGAAAGAUAUGUUGGAUGCUUUGGGUAUCACAGCCUUGAUCAAUGUUUCUGCCAAUUGCCCAAACCAUUUUGAGGGACACUAUCAGUACAAAAGCAUCCCCGUGGAGGACAACCACAAAGCUGACAUCAGCUGCUGGUUUAAUGAAGCAAUUGACUUCAUAGACUCUGUUAAAAACGAUGGUGGGCGAGUAUUUGUUCACUGUCAGGCUGGCAUCUCCCGCUCAGCGACCAUCUGCCUUGCUUACCUUAUGAGGACCAACCGAGUCAAACUGGAUGAAGCUUUUGAGUUUGUGAAGCAGAGGAGAAGCAUCAUCUCCCCCAACUUCAGUUUCAUGGGGCAACUGCUGCAAUUUGAGUCCCAGGUCCUUGCUCCAAAUUGCUCGGCAGAGGCUGGGAGCCCGGCAAUGUCUGCACUGGACAGAGGAACAUCCACUACAACAGUCUUUAACUUCCCCGUCUCCAUCCCUGUCCACUCUUCUUCCAGUGCACUAAGCUACCUUCAGAGCCCCAUCACCACCUCUCCGAGCUGCUGAAAAGCAGGUGCAGGUGGGCCCUGUACACAAAGACUUGACGCCCUUUGCUGUUACCUGAAAAGUGCAAUAACUUUGAGGGCAGGUCUGUUAGCUUGCACCGGUCUCCUCUCAUUGCAGUUACAGAGCAAUACAAGUUCCACCAGCGCAGAGCAGCAUCUCUUGACUCCAGAAAGCCAGGUUCUUUCUGCUAGAUCUUGCCGAGAUGCAUUUUUGACCAAUGUUUGGAUGCUGCCUACAAAGGAGAAAAAGCAUACAGGACAUUUGCUUUCUACUCCUGAAAUAAUUCCUCUUUUACAGUUUUUCUGUUGUCAGUCUGUUUCAGUAGCAAAUCUGAAAGUAUUCUCAUUCCUGGGUGUGCUAGGCUGCAGUCGAACUGUCCCCUUGUACAAGGAUGUCCAGAUAUUUAUUUAUUUUUUACAGUGUAAUUGCUUUGUGUGUGUUCUGCCUUUCAAGUCUGAAGUUUCAUUUUCUUUUUGAAAGAAACAAACAAAAUACCUCAGUAUUUUUUGGGUACUGUAAUCCUGUAAAUAGAUCUUAAGAACUGUAUUCUGAAGCACUGACAUUGAAAGCACAAAGGAGUGUUUGUGUUUUUGGGUUGCCAACAGUUACAUGUUUUGCUGAUUUAUUUAUGAUGUGAAAUAAUAUAUUUCUUCUUAUCAAAAGAAGAACAUGGGUUUUGUUAUGAUUGUGCCUUUUUAUACAAACCAAAUAAAUUAUGACAUUUCUAUUGAA